CGAACCGGAAGAGCACUGUUAGCAUUCGGCUAAAAACACAGUGAGCUGCAGCGCUGAUAAAGAAUUGAUCUCAGUCUAAUCUUCUAUUGAUUAUAGUUUAAUGAUCGAGGAUCAGACAGCACGCGAUGGAUGACAGUAAGAUGGUUGGUGGUAAAGUGAAGAAACCAGGCAAACGCGGCCGUAAACCAGCGAAGAUCGAUAUGAAGGCGAAGCUGGAGAGGAGUCGGCAGAGCGCCCGCGAGUGUCGUGCCAGAAAGAAGCUGCGGUACCAGUAUCUGGAGGAGCUGGUGUCCAGUAAAGAGAGAGCCAUCUGUGCCCUCCGAGAGGAACUAGACAUGUAUAAGCAGUGGUGUUUGGCCAUGGAUCAGCAGAAAAUCCCAUCUGAAAUUAAAGCUCUUUUAACCGGAGACGAUCAGAAGCCGCUGCAGAGCUCCAGCAACAAAACACCCAAGAACGGCAAGUACAACCAGAACAAGACGUCUUAGACGCACAGAAGACACACACGUAUUCCACUGUGAGAGAACCGCAUUCAUGAUGACAGUGACUGUGAUUCUGUGUGAUGAUCUACACAGUGUUUGUGAGUUAAAUAAGCUGUUCUGUUUCCAUUCUCGUACAAAUACACAACAACAUCAAAUCCUGUUGAUCUGCAUCUGUAUGUGGAUCAUUGGUGAUUUUAUACAGUUCUUCCUUUAUAUAUUUAUUUUGGAACCCAAAUAAUUUUGAUGCAGGUUUCAACAUUUCUAGAGACAAAAGAUGAGAUUUGUGAGAUCGAUUAUUCACUGACAUUAUUAAAGCUUUCGACUCUUUCUGCACUUUAAAACGUUUGGAAGAUUUCAACGCAUGGCACUUACUUGUCUAGUCCUUGCUCUUGUCUCCAUCUGGCAGGUUUGAUUAAAUGAAUGAAUAAUAAGCAGCUUCACUUGUCUUACCAGCACAGAAGAGUUAUGCUCUGGAAAUAUCUACUGAAUGUGUGAAUAUCCGCCCAGAUACACAGAUAUACUCGUGACCAUUGGUUUGAAUAAGCGUAAAACAUCUGACUCGACAACGUUUUAGCAAAUCAUGAAUAUCAGAGUUGAAUUUGCUGUCUAACACAAUCUAUAAAGUUUGACUUUGUUUAGAGCUUAAAUGUAUAUUUUUAUAUGAUAUGUAUGAAAUGCAGAUUGAUAUUGUACAUACACGUGAAUGAUUAGCGUGGUCUUAUAAAAGUAUGUAGCUGUACAGUUGUUUUGAGAUCUUUAUUAUCUCUAUAUAAGCACAAUUAAUCUGUCUCAUUGUGUCCAGCUUCUCUUUUGUAUCAAACACAGAAUAUGUUGUUGUAAUUCUGAGCUGUACAUGAUGUCUCAUUGUAUCCUGUUGAAUUAAAGCCUUUUGCUUUCACACAGAGUAACAAUAGACUGUUGUCAUGGUUACAGAACGUGGAGACAUUGUGCUUUAAAUGUCACGCAGUCAUUGAACAUCACAGAAACGGUCAGUGCAGUAACGGUCUGUAGUUAAUAACACAGUGAUAAACGGAGGUUAUUACAGUUCAUACAGUGUUUCUCUGGUGCUGUCACACUGCAGACAGGAAGUAGUGACACAGAGUUGAUCAAGUGAUUCAAUAUAAACAUUUAAGGUUUAUUAUUAAACGCCAUCCAGCGAUCUCAUUUUCCUGAAACAACUCACACAUCCGGGGAUAAAACGAUAUCAGAUGAGUCUUUUGGGUGUCGCGAAUUAUCUUUCCUACUUCUUGAAUCACUCUACGAUCUCUACAAGUAAACUAA